AUGGCUUCCCAAGGCCCUCCUUCAUCCUCCCUCCCAUCAUCUAUGGGCCCCGGUGCUCGGCCGGUACAACAAGGCGAGUCCCCCGGAGGCGGGAUUGCGGAAAUCAUGCAGAUUCGCAACAAGUACUCGAUCCAAGUCGAGCCGGAGACGCUGAAGCUAGGCUACGAGCUCAAAGGCAUCCCACGCACCUACCGACUCGCCUUCGAGUCCAUCCCGAUGGGUAACCUGAAACGGAAAUGGCUCUUCGGAGGACCCAGGCGUGCGCAAAUAUCGGGAAUCACCGUAAUUGACUUCAUACGGGGCACCGAAAACCUUGCCGGCCGGCCAUUGACGCAGACAGAAGCCGAGGCCAUCGCCUUCUACAGCACGAACAGGACGAUCUACAGCUUGUGGGGGAACCUCACGGGCUGUGUGGCUGGAGGUCUGAUGGCUUGGAGGACGUACGACAAGAUGAAGUUUCCAUUCCGGAGUCCUCGGCCCAUGGAGGAGUACCAGAGCUUUCCGACCAAACGUUGGGCAUUAGCUACAGGAAAACAGGCGCAGUUCAUGUGGCAAUUUACAAGGUUCAACGUCUGGGCAGCUUUGGCCGUCUUCGCUGCCUCACCUUUGUUUGCGGCCGCGGGCAACACCUUUGGCAUGUACGGGCUGUACAAAGACGAACGCACCAAGGGACUCAUGAUGGAAAUCAAGGGCUCGCUGGAUCGCAUAGCUGCUAACCGCUAUAGAGGCCCUGACCAAAGACAAAACCCUCGUCCUCCGACUCAGGGACAGACCCAAGAUGGCCAGUACGGCAACCAGGACCCGCAAGGCUUCUACAGAGACCCAGGUCGUACUGACUAUUCCGGUGGUGACCAGUAUAGUGGCGACAGCUCGUUCACAGAUGGAACCACCGAUACUGGCGUAAUGGGAGAUGCACCAGCGCAGGCUCCUGAGGCAAGACAGUCGACCUCUUCGAGAUGGGGCAACCGAUCCGGGGCGCCUCGUGAACAUGAAACGCAAUACACUCGAGCGAAGAGCGAUGGUUUCUACGACUCACAGUCUCCUUCGUCGUCAGGCUCACCCUUCUUCGACGACGAUGACGCCUCUCCAACUGCCGGCAAUGACCCAGACAUGAGUACUCCAGGGCCAGCAUCGAAAGGCUUCCCUGGCUCCUGGGCGCGCAUCCGUCGCGAAAAUCAAAGAACAUCAUACUCAAACCCGAAUCCCUUCUCAGGCCAGUCGAAACCGGACCAAGGCUUCCAAGGCCAACAGCAGCAGCAGCAGCAGCAGCAGCACCAACCAGAUCCUCAGUCACAUUGGCAGAGGGACACCUCUCGCUCUACCGGUGUAGUGAACUCUGAGAAUAGCUUCUCUCAGAGCCCAUCCGAGCAACGCGAAGGUGGAGAUGGCUUCUCAUUCUCCAACUCAGAAGCAGACAGACAGCUCGCUCGUGAACAGGCACAGAAGGAGUUUGACGCAAUGCUAGACAAGGAGCGCCGGGCCAGCGGAAGCGACGAAUACGACCGAGGUAUGCGUGCCGUGCAAUCAGGCGAGGAGGGCGCGGCGGCAACUUCAGGCAUGAGCGCGUGGGAGAGGCGAAGAAGAGGGUAA